AUGGCAAGCAUUUUCUCUCGAGUUCGUCUCUGUUUUAUUCGUCAUGGAGAAUCAGAAGCUAAUAUACAAACAAUUUAUAUAGGUGGUCAAACUGUUUCAUGUCCAUUAACUGAAAAAGGACAAGAACAAGCUUUUCUAUUAGGCAAACGUUUACAAUAUGAAAAUAUGAAAUUUGAUUAUUAUUUCUGUUCAACAGCUGUUCGAGCAAAACAAACAGCAGAUAUUGCUUUAGAAACAAUGAAUAUUGAUAAAUCAAAAUUAAUUCUAUCAACUGAACUUUUAGAACAAUCACAAUGA